UAUAAUAUUUAUAAUGAAGGGUCAAGCUAAAAGAUUCGUGAACCACAAGGGGCAGGCGCACGUAAUGGACCUCAAGAAGAAUCAGAAAGAGAAAGAAGGAAAGGAGACAAGGACAGACGAAGUGGGAUUCCUGCAGCUGUGGCGCUACGCAACACCUUUAGAGCGCCUCGCCACAUGCCUCGGCGUGCUGGCGUCAUGGCUAUGCUCAUGCGGCCUCGUGCUAGCCGUGCUAAUAUACGGAGAGCUCACAGCACUAUUCGUAGCGAGACACAAGGCAGCGAGGGCCUCGUCACCAGCGGUGCUGCAUUUAUUCCAUGGAGGGAGAGAAGUACCGGACGGCAACCGCUCUCUUCACAUGGACGCUCUAAUAGAAGAUUCCAUAGCGUUCGCGCUGGCCAGUGCGGCCAUCAUGGCUUGCCAGCUGCUGGCUGCCGCCGCCGCCGUCACGCUGGCCAACUGGGCUGCUGCUAGAAUGGUGUCGCGGCUACGCUACCGGUUGCUGCGCUCCGUACUUCGCCAAGAGAUGGCCUUCUUCGACACCAACACUACGCUCAACUUCGCCUCUGCGCUAACAGAGGACAUGGAUAAGUUCCGAGGCGGCGUGGGCGAGCACGUGGUGAUGACGUCAUAUCUUGCCGGCUCUGUCGUCGCGGCAGCUUCUCUUUCCCUCUACUACGGCUGGCAGCUCACUCUGGUCGGCCUGGCCGUAGUUCCUAUAGCUAUUCUAGUCGCCGCUACCGUUGCUAAGUACCAAACACGAUGUUCCGCGGAGGAAGUGGCAGCGUACGGCGCCGCCGGGCGCUCGGCCGAGGAGGCUCUCGCCGCCAUCAGGACCGUUCGAGCUUUGGGGGGCGAAGAGGUGGAAGUACAACGCUACAAACGUCUCCUUGCACCAGCCAAGGCCGCAUCAUCACGGCGUGGGUUAUGGGCCGGCGCGGGCUCCGGGCUGGGCUGGCUGCUCACAUACUCGCUCAACGCCGUCGUGUUCGCGUACGGAACCAUCCUGUGCGUGCGGGAUAUGAACCUGCAACCCGAGGAACAGGAUUACCAUCCUGGGAUUAUGGUCAUUGUCCUCUUCUGCACAUUCAUGGCGUCCCAGAACAUCGCGAUGUGUCACCCGCACCUGGAGCUGUUCGCGGCCGCGCGCGGCGCCGCCGCCUCGCUCUACCGCCUGCUGGAGAGGAGGUCCAAGAUCGACGCCAUGUUGGAUCGAGGGGAGAAGCUCGACAAGUUGAAGGGAGAGAUCGUGUUUGAGGAUGUCUACUUUAACUACCCGUCGAGGCCUGAUGUAAAGGUACUUCGCGGUUUCAACCUCCGCGUGUCUCCCGGCGAUACAGUGGCACUGGUCGGCGGUUCCGGCUGUGGCAAGUCCACAACCUUGCAACUGCUACAGAGACUCUAUGAGCCAGCUGGAGGCAGCGUGAAGGUCGAUGGAAGACCACUCAACGAAUUGAACAUCACUCACUACAGGAGGAGUAUAGGCGUAGUGGGCCAGGAACCUGUCCUAUUUGGAGGCACCAUUCGCGAGAACAUCGCCCUGGGAAUUGACUACGUCAGCGAGGCUGACAUCAUUGAGGCAGCUACCAUCGCUAACGCACAUGGCUUUAUCUCGAAACUCAAAAACGGCUACGACACAGUGAUCGGCGAGCGAGGCGCGUCGCUCUCCGGCGGACAGAAGCAGCGCGUGGCCAUCGCGCGCGCCGUUCUGCGGAAACCCGCCAUUUUGCUGCUAGACGAGCCUACUUCUGCACUGGAUCCUGCUGCUGAACGACAGGUACAAGCAGCGCUGGAUGCGGCCAGCAAAGGAAGGACCACGUUGGUUGUAUCACACAGGUUAUCAACGAUAGUUAAUGCAACCCGUAUAGCCUACGUGGAGCACGGAGCAGUGCUGGAGCAGGGCUCACACAGGGAACUGUUGGAGAAAAAGGGACUCUAUUGGAAGCUGGUGCAAGAGGACAUGAGCACAGAAAGCAUGGAGAAGACCUGCUCAGACGUGGAGUCAGAAGAAGACGAGGAUGUCGUCGAGGAGAGCCGGUUCAAGCGAGCGCCGAGCAUUCGCUCGUCGAGACGAGAGUCCCUAACACCGGAGCGACUUCUCCGCGGCAGCAUGCGGCUGGGAUCCAUGGCGGGGGCGCAUGUACUCAACGUAGCUGUGCCUGAUCUGGACCACAUUGAGGAAACAUCUGGGACUGAAGAGGAAGCAGCAGAGGCCCCAGUAACGAGCCUGCAACUCCUUAAGCUGAACACACCAGAAUGGCCGCUGUUGCUCGGUGGAGGGCUCGCGUCGCUCCUCGUCGGCGCCACCAUGCCUGUGUUCGCGCUUCUGUUCUCACAAAUAUACGCGAUGUUCGCAGAAUCCGACCCCAACAAGAUUCUAUCCCAGUCCCAGCUAUACGCCGGUCUGUUCGCCGGUGUUGCCGCCACGUGUGGCGCCGUCACGUUCCUACAGACGUGGCUCUUCGGCCGCGCUGGGACCCGCCUCACUACGAGGCUUAGGGAGAAUACCCUCAGGAAUUAUCUGUACCAGGAACAGGGCUGGUUCGACCGCGCGCAGAACUCCGUGGGGGCGCUGUGCGCGCGCCUCGCCACCGACGCCGCCGCCGUGCAGGGCGCUACAGGUACCCGACUGGGCACGGUGCUGCAGGGCAUCAGCACCAUGGCGAUCGGCGUGAGCCUGGCCAUGGCAUACUCUUGGAAAAUGACUCUUGUAUCUCUGCUCAGCGUGCCUUGCGUGAUCGGUGGAAUCUACUUGGAGGGUUAUGUAAUGAAGAAAGCGGAGGUUAAAGAAAAGAAGGCGCUGGAGCAGGCUUCGAGAAUCGCCACCGAGGCCGUCUCCAACGUGCGGACCGUGCAGAGUUUAGGCGUAGAAUCCACAAUCCUAGACAAAUACCUAACAAACCUACAAGAAGCCAGCGCACGCGCCGGCCGCGCCUCGCUCCUGCGCGGCCCCGUCUACGGACUCUGUCUCUGCGCUCCUACACUUGGAUAUGCUGUGUCUCUGUCUUUUGGAGGAUAUCUUAUUGCGAGAGAAGAUUUGCCCUACGCUUAUGCUAUACUGGUGUCUGAAGCGCUGAUCUACGGCGCCUGGAUGCUGGCGGAGGCGCUAUCAUUCGCGCCGAACUUCGCGGCGGCGCGGCGCUCCGGCGCGCGCAUCCUGCGGGCGCUGCAACGCACGCCUAGAGUCAUCACUGAGGGCACUGCCGCUGAAAUUCCAGACUGGUCGGCGACCGGCGACAUCACGCUGAACGACGUGCACUUCACGUACCCGUCGCGGCCCGGCGCGCCCGUGCUGCGCGGCCUGUCUCUACAGCUGCCGGCCGGCCAGCGGCUCGCUCUAGUCGGCACCUCCGGCUCCGGGAAGAGCACCAUCGUGUCAUUGCUGCUCAGGAGUUACGAUGCCGAUAGCGGGAACAUGUUGCUGGACGACGCCGACAUCCGGCGAACACUAACCCUCCGCCAGCUGCGCUCGCAGCUCGGCCUCGUGCAGCAAGAGCCGGCGCUGUUCGAGAGAAGCAUCCGCGAGAACAUAGCCUAUGGAGACGUCACCCGGAAGGUGUCCAUGGAUGAGAUCAUACACGCCGCUGAGCAGGCGAACGUACACAGUUUUAUCGCCAGCUUACCUCAGGGCUACGAGACGCGACUGGGCCAGGGAGGCGCGUCACUAUCAGGUGGUCAGAAGCAGCGCAUCGCCAUCGCGCGCGCGCUCGUGCGGCGACCGAGAGUUCUGUUACUCGACGAGGCCACAUCCGCACUGGAUGCUAACAGCGAAAAGACAGUACAGUUAGCGCUGGAGGCGGCGUCGGAGGGCCGGACAACCAUCACCAUCGCGCACAGACUGGCCACCGUCAGGCACCACGACCUUAUCGCUGUUGUUGAUAAAGGAGUGGUAGCAGAGAUCGGCAGUCACGAGGAGCUGGCCCACAAACGCGGCCUGUACUGGGAACUGCUGCAGCAGCAGGGGCCGUGCUGAGCCGCCAUCUUGGCAAGCCGCCAUCUUGUGUAGCCACCAUCUUGUGAUUGUGUUCAAAAUUAGAGCCCGUCUAAGCUAACUUUUCGCCGUUUUGAACAGAACAAAGUAUUAUUUUCGUAGAAAUUUGACAUAAAUGAUGGCAUCUCCACAUUUUGUCAUUGCAAACGCCUCGCAGAGUUAGCUUGGUCCGACAUUAUAAGCAAAGAGUUAUUAAUAGUAGCAGUAUCAAGUCUAAGAAAGGUAGAGCUAAAGUUGUACAGUCGCCAUCAGAUAUAUCGGAGCGGCCGCGGUGCUCACAAAUAUCUGAUCACGCCUCUAUUGUCAAGGCGUUAGUGUGUUCAGAUAUUUUCGAGCACCUCGGCCGCAUCAAUAUAUCUGAUGACGACUGUACUAAGGAAACAUGCCGCCUUUCAAUGUUAUCAGGCAGAUACAGAUGAUUUGUAGAAUAUUUUGUAGCUUAAGUUAAUUCAAAGAAUUUAAUUUCGUACCUUGUCACAGUAACAAUCAGUCGCUAGAAACCUCAUACUAUUGUCAAUUUGUCACUAUGACGAAGUACAAAAUGGGUCCUACCUACCUACUUUCCGUGACAUAGACUUAAGUGGAAUACCUAUAGAUAGUUUAGGUAGCAUCAUAUUUAAUUUUAGCUUACAGACAUGUUACGGACUAUAUGUGACGUUUUCAACCAAAAGGUACCACAUUGUCGCUUGUCGAUAAGGUUGAUUUCAAAUUAAAGCUAUAUGGAAAUAGCGCCUUAUUGACAACCGACAAUAAGUACCCGUUUGAUUGAGAAUGGCACAUAUUUAUAUGCAAUUCAUACUAUUUUGAUUAUUUCAGUAAUUGAAAUAAGACGGAUGUUAAAAAAUUUUUUAAAAAAUGUAAGAGCCAGAACCUCAAAAUCUUUUUUUUUCCUCAGAUUUUAAUUAAAUCUGGUCACUUUGAAGAGCUUCUCAUUCUGGGCGAAAUAAACAUAAAAUCCCAAUUUUGGACAAAAAAAUGUUUUUUUUGCGUUCCAACAUUCCAUACGUUUUCGUAACUCAGAGGACGAUUUUUACGGUUUUGCGCUUAUAUUGUAGAGAUUAGGGAACACAAUCUUAUUGCACCAUUUUGAAGAAAAAAAAACGACAAAAAAUCUUCAGUGAAUAUGUUUUUUAUACAAAUUAAAUGAAUGAUAGUAUUAAAAAUAAAAAUAAUUAUCUAUUUAUUAUUAAUAAUUAUUAUACACGUGAUGUAUUGUGCCUUAUUUAGGCGAAAACCAAACUUUUGCCAGGUACUUACCUACUAGUUUAAAAUAAUUAUAGGCAGACGAAAUAAUGUUGUAUUACUUACAUACCUAAAAAGUCCUAAUUUAGGGCUAGAUUUGAUUAGUCUAUGUAUAUUAGUGUUAAUAAAUUAUGACUGUGAUUAAGAUUAGCUAUAAGUAAGUUAAAAUAGAUAAGAAUAACUGCCGAUUCUCAUUCACUACUUAUAAUUUAUAUGACACGUACAUAUAACUAUAAUAAUUACGGAUUAAGUACAGAUUAAUUAAGUAUUAAGAUAUCACCUUAAAUGACUGAAAAUUUACAAUAUCGACGCCGUGUCAAACACAAAAGCAGUCAUCCAGACGCCACGUCAUCGGAGUAUCAAAACUGAAAUUGAACUUUAUGCAUAUGCACGUAGGUCUAUGACCGAUUAAUUGGUCUUUGGCGUUGCACCUACGGUGCGUAUACGGUCAUUGGCGUCCAAAAGGUUAACAGCCAAUACAUUCAAAUAAAAUUUUAGGAAAUAUGUCCAUACUUUUUUUGGACCUACGUUCUUUCUUAGUUUCAAGGCAUACCUCCAUGCAACUCCUCUACGCGCAUGUUACACCUCUUACCUCUUCAUAAAAUAUGCCAAGAAUGCUCGAAAAGUUCCAAUUGUUCAUUCCAAAAGAUUUUUAACAACAAAAGUGAUACUUUAAUCACAAUCGACAAUCGCUAUCGCUACGACAACGAAACGCUUUGUGUCUCUAUCACUCUUCCAUAUUAGUGCGAGUGCGACAGUGAUAGAACAGAAUAACUAAUAGUACUACCGUACAGAAAAUUCACUCCUUUACAAGUCAGAUUUAGGUAUAAAAUUAUACCUAUUCUCGCCGCCUGCAAGCAAAAUUGAAACGUAUAACCGCGCACGAACCGUGAAUCUUCUUUGCGCUCCGCAGUUUUAUGACCGAGCUGCAAGGGCCUGACACUCUUUGAUAGAGAAAGAUAGUAUUAUUGCGAUUCCUAUAAGAGGAAAGAGAAAAUAGUGCCAUGCUUUGUCCUUAUCACCGACCGGGUUUUUUUUCAUGGUCGGGUUAUGGCAGCAUAGGUAGGAGACGAUGGCGAAAUACCGAAAUUUAUAAGAGUGAAAGAGAAAAAUGAUUAUGCUGCCAUACAUUAACCUGUCAAUACACGAAUAUGUCUU